GGAAUAUUUCGUCGAUAAGCCCGCGGUCACACUAAAAACUAAAAACAAUAAUAAUAAAGGAAUCGGGAAUAUUUUGUAAACGUAAACCACACAACUAUUCCGUGGAAUUACAAGAUACCAGAGCAGCGAUACGGACAUGCGAUAAGAUAUAUACAUCCAUACAUUUGUACAUCAGUAAAUUUACAUGUACGUAUGUAUUUAUUAUUUGACCAAAAUAACAUCUGGCCAAAUGAAUUGAAUUCGGGGACUCCCAGUGCUAUAGGAGCAAUGUCCGAAGAAGAAUCGUUUGUAAUUCUUGGCAGCUCUCCCUACCCAUCGCUCUGCACCGAUGGCUCUGUUCUGCUUGCUGAUGCAAUGGAUGUUGAAGAAAGGCCAUUGACACAGGGGACUGAUGGAGUGGACGAGCCUGCUGCUGGAUCGAGCUCAGGGCCACUGUCCACAUCGGUUGACAGUGACAGACACAAGUCUCUAGCAGCUAGUUUCAUCAUGGGUGAAGUGAAAUCGGAUGUUCUCAAGAACAGCGUAUAUUCACAGUUUCCCAGCCUGUGUUCGAUGCAGGCGUCUGCCGAGGAUGUGGUCAAGCUGCAGAACAUGAUGGAGGAGUACGUUUCGUUGAAGAAAACACUGGAUAUGGUCAAUCGCACAAUGAUGGACUACCACAAGCUGACCCAGCAAUGGCGCCAGGAGGCCGCCGAUCGAGAGGAGCAAUAUAAACACCAGCUUAAGGAGUGCCAGGAACAGGUGGAAAAACUACGAGUGGAAAAUCAAGAGCUCAAGGCCGAAUUGGAGACGAAGCUGGAGCAGAUCCAGAUCGUGCAGGACAUGGGCCACAAGGAGCAGGACGAACUCAGACAAAGUGUGUCAGAGAAGACGUCACUGAUCAACAAUAUGCGUGUGGAAAUUGACAAGCUUCAGCAGAUCAAGCAGAAUUCCUAUGAGUUUGUACCCGAAGAUGGCAACAAGACGGCGGAGCAGGAAGUAAGCAAUCCGCUCAAGUAUGUGCAGCGAGAAGAGCAUGAUCGCCAGAUCCGGGAGCUGAAGCGGGAGCUAUCCAAAAUGUUGGCAGAGAAUCUGCAAGUGAACGAUAUGAAGAAAGUAUACAUUCAGGAGAUCGAUUGCUUGAAGGUGAAUCUGACAAGCGCCGAGGAACUAAUGCACAAAAUGCAGUGCGAUAUUAACCAGAUAAAGGCCAGGGAUAUCCAAAGACAGGAACAGAUCGAACAUCUGCAGACACAAAACGAAAUAUACCGGAAGGACUUUGAAAUGGAGCGGGCCGAUCGCGAGAAGAAUGCUGGCGAAAAGGAACAGUAUCUGUUGGAUCUGCGAUCGUUGCAGAGGCGCAACCAGGAGUUAAUUGAGGCUCUUGCCGAGUCCCAAAAGUCGCCCAAAUCAGGAUCCCCCUCUCCAUCGAGCUCGGGCUUGAGUAGCUUACGCGAGGAACAGAGACCAGUAAGAGUACUUGACCCCACAGGCGCCGCCGCCAGGCAAUCGGUCAGUGGUAUGCGCUGCCCCAUCUGCUCAAAGCCCUUCAAUUCCCUGAGCGUUUUGCAGAGUCAUGUCAAUGAUUGUUUGGACAAAAAUUAAUCACUUCAAUUAACCACUUAUUUAUGGUAUAACAUUUAUGUGUGUUUGGGUCGGUCCCAUUACUUUAUAAAAUAACACAUCAAUUACAGUUUCAUUAGCAAUUUUUAUAGUUGCCAAAAA